UGUUUUUUUGCUUCAAUUUGGCCGGGCAAUUGACCCAGGCCCCGACAAAGUCACGCGUGCUGUUGCGUUGUUUAGAAUUUACGACAGUAUGGUGUGUGGUGUGAAAAUUGCACAACGGAUGUAGUAUCGCGUGUGUGUUGUGGAAGAGCCUUACUAUUUCAAAAAACGGGGUGAAGAAAAGUUUUUCUCCUGUGUGCGGUUCAGUGAACUGGCCAGCCACACUGGUUCAGAUGCCGAAAAACUGUGCAGCCGGGCUAAGAAACAACGGGUCAACGUGUUUCUGACCUGCAUCGAAGGAAAAGGAAGUGCUUAGUAUGUAAUGGGAAAUGGUACUGGAAUGUUCGUUACUGGGUGAUCGGUGAAAAUGGUGCAAUCAUACGAAAUAAGAAGCAGUGAUUCCCGCAAAGGAUCCGGAUUUGUGGACAGUUUCAAAGCGCUAUUUCGCAGGAAAACGCAACCGGAAUCCUUAAAAGUGCCUUCCAAAAGCGGUGGGAAAGCUCCCAUAGCAGAUCUUGAAUCAAGUGAACCGUCGUCUUUGGCGAGCCACGUUGUCGGCGAAGAAAACAACAAUGUUGGAGGAGUCCAUGGUGACAUCGUCAGUACACCUGGAUCAUCGACAGCCAUAGCAGCAGUGUCCAUACCGGUGGACACGAAUCGUUAUGAAAUUAGGAAACCGGUGAAAAGGAAAUCGUCCUACUCAAAAGGAACGACAUCAAGUGCUUCCGCCGUCAACAAUAGUGGUAGCAAAAGUAGCGGCAAACCGGUACGGAGGAAGUCAUUUGGCCGUCGAAUCAAUAACUUGUGGAGUAAUUUCGGGCUGCUAAAGAGCUCCGAGAAGAUUGUUGAGUUCGCUAACGGAUACGCCGCCUUCCAACAUGUUCGAGAUAACGUGGAAGACCUCAGCGAAAAGUCGGAAGCCAACGAGACAGAUUUGGUUUUCCUACAAGGCAUAUUGCAGAACCCAGCUGUUACGCAAAUGAUAAAGAUCCAGGACAAACUCGAAGACGUUGCACCACCGCUGAAGCCGAUCCGACUGUCCAACGUCCCGUUGCUGCGUGAAGUGGUCGACCGGUGCAGUUUGUCACGGAAUCCGCAUGCCCGUGAACUAGCGCGAAUAUUUCGCUAUCCGCACUUCCGGGCUCUGAUCGAGGCGCACGACGAGGUCGGCGAGACUGUCGUAGAGCGGUUGAAGAACCCCUCUCCAAGCAAAUCUUCGAACGGAGGAGUGGCACCGGAUUCUCCCGGCGGUGGAAGUUCCGAACUAGACGGAGGUUAUUCGCUGGCAACGGCAGCAACCGUAACGACGGCCGGAAACGGGAUGCCCGGGGAAACGAUCAAGAUGGUAGGCAUUCGGCGGAACCCCAAUGAACCCCUAGGGCUAACGGUGGAGGUCGACGAGCAUGAUCAGCUGGUGGUGGCCCGAAUUAUUGCUGGCGGGAUGAUCGAUCGGCAGGGUUUGCUGCACCCGGGUGACGUCAUACUGGAGGUGAACGGAGUCCAGGUGAACACACCGGAAGAUCUACAGACUGAAAUUUCCCGGGCCAAGGAAUCGGUCACGCUCAAGAUCGGUCCCAGCCUGGAGGAGGAGAUGAAAUCCGCUCGGAUCAUGAUGGGUGGUGGACAGGUAAAGAAAAAUAUUGACUCGGGGAAGAAACUGACGUGCUACAUGCGUGCCUUGUUCGACUACGACCCAGCGGAGGACAAUCUACUGCCGUGCCAAGAGCUUGGCCUUGCAUUCCAGCGUAGUGACAUUCUGCAGAUCAUCAACGUCAAAGAUCCCAACUGGUGGCAAGCGCGUCACGUGGGAGAAGACAACGCCAUCGGGUUGAUUCCCUCGCAAGAACUGGAGGAACGCCGUCAGGCGUACGUGCCUCCGGAAGCGGACUACGUUCACAAGAUUAGCAUAUGCGGUACCAGGAUUUCCAAGAAGAAGCGCAAAACAAUGUACAAAACCAAGCAGAACAAUGAAUUCGACAAGGCUGAUCUGAUGCUGUACGAAGAGGUCACCAAGAUGCCCCCGUUCAAGCGAAAAACUCUGGUGCUGAUCGGUGUGGCGGGCGUUGGCAGACGAACGCUGAAGAACCGUCUGAUCAACAGCGAUCCGGACAAGUUCGGUUCGGUGUUGCCUCACACAACUCGUCAGCCGAGACCUCUGGAGGAGAGUGGAAAAGCGUAUUGGUUUACGGAUCGGGAGACCAUGGAACAGGAGAUCAAGGAGAACAGGUUCCUCGAGUUCGGGGAACAUAAUGGGAAUUUGUACGGCACUCAUUUGGAUUCAGUUCGGGAUGUCAUUCGAUCAGGAAAAAUGUGCGUUCUGGAUUGUUCACCGACGGCGCUGAAAAUUCUACACAACAGUGCCGAGUUUAUGCCAUACGUAAUUUUCGUCGCAGCGCCCGGAAUGGAACAGUUGAAGCAGCUCUACUCGGAACGUAGAUCGGCGCACGGGUCGGUGAGGAGUUUAGCGUUCGACCGCCAAAGCUCCAUCCGGUACAGCUCCCGCCGAGCGAAGACACUCGAAUCCCUGGCAUCACUGUACGAGGAUGACGAUCUUAUUUCGGCCGUGGAGGAAAGUGCCCUGCUGCAGCGCAAGUAUGACAAAUAUCUGGACCAGGUCAUCGUCAACGAGGACUUCGAUGUCACAUUCCGGGCCGUGACCGACGCUCUGGAGGCCCUCAGUCACGAACACCAGUGGGUUCCGGUCAACUGGAUCUACUAAUUGGGACGGGUGUCGAUUGAAAAUGUGUUCAACUUUAAACCGAAACUGAGAACAGUUUUGAUAGUGUCGCUAGGAAGGCCAUAAUCACAUUGAAAGCAUUCACUUUUGUCAUCGUGUUCGAUGCGUAUGGAUAGUGUAUUAUCACCGAGAAAUUUGCAUGUCUAAAUGCGUUUAAAUUCCAUAUCCUCUCAUUCAAUCAAAUACGGUUUGUAGCUUAAGACUCGCCUCAACUUUAUUCAAGUGCAUUUUUGGUCAAAUCAACCAUAUAGUAGUAUAGCAUGAAUACCAGCUUGGCAAGCUCUAUCGCAUCGUACUAUCAUUAUUCGACCAAUAAAUCAAUAGGUAUUAUCGUCUAUUCGGUAGCAUAAGUCUGCCAAUAAAAGCGCCUUCGAAGGAUUUUAGAAUCUUUGCAUUUAGAAAGUAAAUAGAUAUUACACCGGUAGAGAGUUCACCGUUACGUGAAAACCAUUUCGUCCAUUAUGUUUAGUUAAUUCAAAAAGAGAAAGGAAUGUAUACCGUUUUGAUUCAUAUUACGGACACUUAAGGCCUCAGUGA